AUGGGUUAUGAACAAUUAUACAACGAGUUUAAUAUUGCUCCACCUUUCGAAGCAUCAUUUACCUUAGAUAGCCAACCUACUUACGCUAUUAUAGGAGCAUUGAUUUCCUUAUUGCUACUUUCAAUGUCUACUACCGUAACCUCAUCCAAAACUUUUGCUAAUACUAACUUCAUAAUAAAGUUCAUAUCAUUUGCAAUUGUUAGUGCUGUAACUGCAUUAUUCUGUGGCAUAACUGCUGUUUUCACAAGUAAUUCAUUUGGUGUUUACAUAUAA